AUGUCUAAAGAAUGUCAUAAGGCUGCUACUACCGGAGGUAAGGGAAAUCGGGGGAUGUUUAUCGAACGGGACCCAAAGGUAUUCGCUGCUGGUAUUCCAACGGCUCAGGCGAAUGAUACAGUGAAAGAUGCUUUAGAACAUUAUCUGUUAAAAGAUGAAGUGGACGCUUUAAUAAGUGAUGCAAUCGUACCAGCACCCAAACCGCGUCCUCUUCCACCCUUACGUCAUCCAAUACCCUUAGAUAAACGGCAUGGAGGCCUUUGUGGGCAAGUUAAUUAUCUUGUUAAUCCACCCACUAAAACGAAAUUUCAAAGCUUAGCAGAUGAUUUCAAAGAAACAUCAUAUACAUCCUACUGGAACAAAGCAGUUGGAAAAGUGAAAGAUCCAGUUCCGAUGUUUCCGGCAGGUUUUGAUAUACAAGGAACAACAUAUGGCAAAAAAUUGAACACGAAUGAGCGACUUUACGAUUUUUUAUUCCCAAUCGAACCAAUACCAGAUAAAACACCUCAUUCAAAAGAAGCUGGUGUGCAGAAGGAUCAUAAAUAUUGUGCACCCCCGUUUGACAAAGAUUUAACGUACGGGCACCGUACAGGUGUAGACAAACGUGGUACAUAUGCUCGGUGUUGUCUUACUGAUGAUGCAAUUAUGAACGGUACAGCGCACAGGUUUAUAAUCAACUCAAUCGAAACAAAUUACUUAGACACUCAUAAUUCAAGAAUGGGUCAGGUACUAGCUCCUAACAAAAACAUUACAGCAGUUCCUAAAGAUUACGCUUUCGGUAAGCUGUCCCGUCCUGAUAAUUUACCACAAUGUCUUACUUUCUGCGAGAUAAACCAAGGAUUACAAUUUUUUAGGACGUGCUUUAAGCAUUUGAAUACCGUCCGAAAGGGCUUAUCUACACGGUUACUACCAAAUUUCUAUCGCAAGUUUUACUUGGAACUUAAAUAUUUUGAUGAAGAAAAGUUGGGUUGGCUAUCAAAAGAAACAGUAUAUAGAUUAUGUGGGACCCAUCUAAUACGAUUCGAUCCUAAUUUGAUAGAGCCGCUUUUAUCAACAUGGGGAGCAUUCGACGGCUCUAAAAUUAAAUAUAGCACAUUUGUUCAUGUCUUUAAUUAUAGAGAACCUCUUCCUGAUGUCCCUAAAAUAGCUGAUGUAUCGGACGACUGCCUUGACUUUCGAACUACUUAUUCUGAAAUGGUUAAACCAGGACAGCCACCAAAUACUAGCCCAAUGGCUGGUUUACCCUCAGGGCGAUAUUUCGAUUUAAACUACCCCAUAACACCUGAAAGGAUGUGUAAAGCAGACAUAAGUUGUCUUCCACAAGAGUCUGAUGCUAAAUCGUGUUUGUCGCCAAGCGUGUUGUCACAGUUCUUUGUCUCGCAUCGUGAUAUGUUCCAGAAAAGAGAACCAGACGUCGUUAGAAGAGUUUUUGAGGCAGCUGGAGAAAAAUUUACAGAUGAAAGUUUCAAUAGAAUUUGGGGAGAAGCUAAGAAACAUCAUUCUGAAGGUUGGGUCUGUUUCGAGACAUUUAGACAGGCAAUGAGAAAUGAUUCCGAGAACGAGAUUAAAUGA